UCCUAUGGAUUUUCGACAAAAAUUUGGGUUUGAAUUAGUAAAAUGCACUCAGACUGAGUUAAUGGAAUUGGUUAAAACGUUUAACAAUUACAACAUUAAAAAGAAAAUUGAAGUUAGUGGAAGGGUCGCGCAGAAAAUAAUGGGAUUUACUGCUGGGCACUUUGGUCUUAUCCGUUGGAUACUAAAUGGCAUCGACAACUAUUUUUCUUAUCGAGGCACAAACUACAAGGUCACAACUGACGAUGAAAUAAUGUCUUAUUUUACUUCUUCUGAUUUUAUAGAGCAUGUUAAAGCUCAUAGAGGUGCCCCUCUUUAUAAAUUUAAUGCAGCUGAAGGUAAAAUAAUCGAUAAACUCUUGCUAAAUGAUGAAAUCAAAAUACAUUCUACUGGUCCAGAUGAAGCAAUCACGGCCCUUCUAAAAUCUGGUGUUUUAUUCUACAUUGAUGAUAAAGGACCAGAAUUCAUACUUCGUGAAGGUCGCGUAGGAUUUAUCUCGCCGGUUGCACGACUUUUAUCAUUUUUUCAUCGAUGUACUUCAGCCAAACAACCUCUACAAGAUGGGUUUACUCUUCAAGAAUUAGUACACGAAGCUUUAUCGCGUGUUAAUUCAAGAUAUCUUAUACAUAAUUUAGGUCGUUCAAAAGAUGGUAUGAGACUAUUAGAAAGAGUUUGGCAAAUGGAAUUUUAUAGAGCAAUUUAUAGUUGUUUACCUGAUGGAAUGCAUAUUUCACCGGAUGUUGGAAGGAUAUUCGCGACUGAUGGAGUGGUAGAUUUUUAUAUUUCGGAACCUCAAUGGGCUAUUGAACUUUUGAUUAAUGGUAUUGACAUGAAGCGUCAUCAUGAAAGAUUUCAAGAUGGAGGCAAAUAUUCUUCAAUACCAAUAAAAUCAUAUAUAAUUCUUGACAUUCGAGAAACUAAGACAGUCUUAAAGGUAUAUCCAAAUACAUGGCAUAUAACACCUAAUGCCGAUUUUACAAUAUUCAGUAUACAAGAAGGUUCAAAUUCUUUUGAUAUAACAACUCGCUGUGGAUAUCCUUAUAGUUCAAAUUCUUUUAAUAUAACAACUCGCUGUGGAUAUCCUUAUAGUUCAAAUUUUCAAAUUUCAACGCAAGAAUAUGAAGCUAUGGAAUUUGAAAUGAAAGAUUUAAAAAGGAAAUGUAACGAUGACGAUAAUGAUAUAAGAGAGGAAAGGAAAAAACAGCAAAAGACACAUGGUGUAGUAGAAAACUUGGAGACUUUGGAAGAACAAAAAUUAGAUAGAGCAUCAAGUGAUUUAACAAAGACAUUAUACAAUGCAGCAUAUUUGAAUUCUGACGUCGGGAGUUCCUCCUCGCGAGUUGUUGGAAAUUCGAAUAAACAAAAAAUUAAUCCUUCUGAAUCAAGAGGGAAAU